AUAUAUUACAUACACACACAUUGAUUCAACUCGAUCAUACCAUUUAAUUUUGUUUUAACUUCUUCUGCUACUCUCUUUGUGCUUUGGUUAAUGGCCAAUAUCCACUUCCCUUUCCUAUCACUGUUGCUAAUACAAUGUUUCAUAAUUGGCUUUUCAACCACUGCGACCGAUCAGUCGGCGCUUCUUCAAUUCAAAGCACAAAUCGAGGAUCCUCGCAAUGCUUUGGGUAACGAGUGGACCAGUACUUGGAUGUCUGUCUGCAACUGGACCGGUGUCUCUUGCGGUCACCAUCAUCGAAGAAUCACUGCGUUGGAUCUUUCAAACAUGGGUAUCAAAGGAACUAUUGGUCCACAGUUGGGAAAUCUUUCCUUCCUGGUCUCGCUGAACUUGAGCGGCAACAAUUUCCAUGGCGAGUUGCCGCGAGAGCUGGCCAGUUUGCGUCGCUUGAAACUUGUUGAUUUGAGUAACAAUGCUUUGAGCGGAGAGAUUCCGGCAUGGUUUGGGAAUUUAACAGCACUUCAACAAUUAUAUCUGGGUGGAAAUCGUUUCCAAGGUGAAAUCCCGUGGGAAAUUGGUAAGCUUGCUGCUUUGGAGAAAUUUGGAGUGCAAAAUAUGAGCUUGGUUGGUCAACUCCCAUCUUCUAUAUUCAACAUUUCAUCUUUGAAGGAGAUCAGGGUUUACAAUAAUAGUAUAUCUGGUUACAUUCCAAGUGAUAUGUGUGACCAUCUUCACCACCUCCAAGUGUUUGAGAUAUCAACCAACAAAUUCUUUGGCCACAUUCCCUCAAACAUUGGUGAAUGCAAAAAUCUUCAAACUCUAUCAUUGUCUCUUAAUCAACUCAAUGGGUUUAUUCCUUCAAGUAUUGGGAAUUUAACCAACCUCGAGGUUUUAUAUUUGGAUGGAAACUCUUUACAUGGUGAAAUCCCAUGGGAGAUGGGGAAUCUUAGGAAAAUGGAGAUUUUUGUUGCAAAAGGCAUGAGGCUAAGUGGGCGGAUUCCACCUUCUAUCUUCAAUAUAUCUUCUUUGAAACGAAUUAAUCUCCAUGACAAUUUUCUAUCAGGUAAAUUACCGGAGAUGGGGUUUGUUCCAAAUCUAGAGGGAAUAUACCUAAUGAACAAUAAUCUAAGUGGGAAUAUUCCAAGCUCAAUUUCAAAUGCUUCUAGGCUUAGAGUUUUAAGCUUGAAUGAGAACUCUUUCUCUGGCCUUAUCCCACAUUCCCUUGCCAAUCUAAAUUUGCUUCAAGUUUUGUGCUUUUCUUCCAACCACUUGACCAUGGAAUCUCAAAGUCCCACCUUUCUUUCUUCCCUGUCAAACUGUAAGAAGCUCAGAGUCCUAGACAUAGCCUCAAAUCCACUUAAUGCCCUUCUUCCCGCUUCUAUCUUUAAUCUCUCAGCGUCACUCGAAACUCUACGCGCCCAUGAUUGCAAUUUCAAAGGCACGAUUCCAAUGGAGAUUGAUGGUUUAAGCAACAUUAUACGCUUGGACCUAUCCCGGAAUGAAUUGAGUGGAUCUAUUCCGAUAACAAUAGGACGGCUACAACGCGUCCAAGGUUUGUUUCUGAGUGGCAAUAUGUUGACUGGAUCCAUUCCAUAUGAUGUUUGUCGUUUGGAGGAACUAAGCACUUUGUCAUUGAGUGGUAACAUGCUUCAAGGUUCACUCCCCACUUGUUUGGGCGAUCUAACUUCUUUGAGAUCCCUAAACCUGUCUUCCAACAAAUUGCAUUCCAUAAUACCCUCCACCUUUUGGAGCCUUGAUUAUAUCUUGGAAGUAGAUUUCUCCUCAAAUUAUCUGAAUGGAACGCUCCCCCCGGAUAUCGGAAACUUGAAAGUACUAACGUAUUUGAAUUUGUCGAGAAAUCAGUUUUCGAGCAACAUUCCAACAAGAAUCGGGGAUCUAGAUAACUUACAAACCUUGUCUCUAUCUAGGAAUAGAUUGCAAGGUCCCAUUCCCGAAUCAUUUGGUGGCUUGACAAGUUUGGUAACCUUGGAUUUAUCGAACAACAAUCUCUCCGGGAUCAUUCCCAAGUCUUUGGAAAGACUUUCCUAUCUCAAUCACUUUGAUGUGUCUUUCAAUAGACUGGGAGGAGAGAUCCCCACUGAAGGGUGUUUCAAAAACUUUACGAGUAAAUCAUUCGUGAAGAAUUAUGCACUAUGUGGUUCAUCUAAAUUCCAAGUCCCUCCUUGCAAAAAUUGCACCCAUCGACCAUUCAAGGCGCGCCUUAUACAUGUUUUGAGAUAUGGUUUACCGAUACUUGCUUCUAUUACAUGGAUAAUUGCUUUGAUCAUCUUGUGUCUGAAAAGGACCACUAGUCUUUCAACCAGAGAAAAUUUGUCGGAAAUAUUGGGAACCAAUCAGCACAAUAGACUUGUACAAGCUACGGACAGAUUCAGUGAUGCCAACUUGCUCGGUUCGGGAAGUUUCGGCUCUGUAUACAAAGGAAAACUUUCAGAUGGUACGAAUGUUGCAAUAAAAGUUUUCAAUUUGCAGGUAGAAAGAGCAUUUAGGACUUUCGAUGCCGAGUUUGAAGUGAUGAAAAAUAUACUUCACCGCAAUCUAGUCAAGAUCAUCAGUUAUUGCUCUUGUAGUGAUUUCAAAGCCUUGGUGCUUGAAUUCAUGCCUAAUGGGAACCUUGAGAAAUGGUUGUAUUCCGACCAUUAUUCCUUGGAUAUCCUACAGAGAAUCAACAUAUUGAUAGAUGUUGCAUCAGCAUUAGAGUAUCUCCAUUCGGGGCAUCCGAGUACUAUAAUCCAUUGUGACCUAAAGCCAAGUAACAUCCUACUAGAUGACGACAUGGUCGCACAUGUGGGAGAUUUUGGCAUUGCCAAACUGUUGGGAGAAGAAAACUCCAUGAAACAAACCAUGACACUUGCUACUAUUGGGUAUAUGGCACCAGAAUAUGGAUUAGCAGGAAUUAUUUCCGUAAAAAGUGAUGUCUAUAGUUAUGGUAUCUUAUUAAUGGAAACUUUCACAAGAAAGAAACCCACAAAUGAAAUGUUCAUCGGAGAAACGAGUUUGAAACAUUGGGUUAAAGAGUCACUACCUAACGGAACAAUUGAUAUUGCCGAUUCCAGUUUGCUACAAAAUGAGGGUGAAAAUUCUACGGCUAAAGUAAAUUGUAUAUCAUCAAUCUUGAACUUAGCUUUGGAAUGUUCAGCUCAGUUACCUGAAGAAAGAAAAGAUAUGGAGGAUGUUGUUUACAAGCUUAAGAGAAUCAGAAUGAAGUAUCUAAAAGAAGUUCAGCAAGCCUAAGAAGAUAUGUAAUGAAGUUGCUUAUUGUUAUCAAUACAUAGUUUAUUAAGCCUUCAUAGGAGAUUUACAUUUCUUUCUGUAGAUUCAAGGCCACAACUAUGUGUGCAAG